AUGGACUUGGACCCGGCUGUCAUCAUUCCAGCCAUCCUCUUCACCGUAUUUGCCAUUUACUUCGCCUCAUCGCUCCUCAGCAAGAAGCCCGCCGCCUCCUCCUCAUCCUCCUCAGCCCCGAAGAAGAACGUCAACGUCGGCUAUGGAGAAGACGACCCUCCGUCCAGCCCUCUGGAACAGCACAUUCGAGCCGAGCCUGAAACUUCAUCCCGAUCCGAACCUCCAGCUCCGGCUGUGGAGAACAUUGGAGCUGCGGAGAAGAUCCAGGACGUCCUGGUUCCAGAAGUUAAGACUGUUUCCGUUUUAGUAACAAAGCCUGAACCGGUCCCAGAAUCAGUGAAAGCACCAGAACCAGUGAAAGCACCAGAACCAGUAAAGGCGCCUGAACCUGUAUUAGAACCAGUGAAAGCACCAGAACCAGCGAAAGCACCAGAACCUGUAUUAGAACCAGUUAAAGCACCAGAACCAACGAAAGCACCUGAACCAGUAAAGGCACCUGAACCUUUAUUAGAACCAGUUAAAGCACCAGAACCGGUUAAAGCACCAGAACUAGUGAAAGCCCCAGAACCAGCGAAAGCACCAGAACCAGCGAAAGCGCCUGAACCUGCACCAGAACCUGCGAAAGCACCUGAACCUGUCAAAGAGCCAGCAAUUGCACCUGAAUCGGUCCCACAACCAAUAAAAGCACCUGAACCUGCCCCAGAACCAGCAAAAGCACCAGAACCUGUUUCGGAACCAGCAAAAGCACCUGAAUCGGUCCCAGAACCAAAAAAGGCAACUGAGCUUGCCCCAGAACCAGCAAAAGCAACAAAACCUUUCCCAGAACUAGCAAAAGCAGCUGAAACUGUGCCAAAAUCAGUAAAAGUAACCAAAACUCUACCAGAACCUGUUAAAGCACCUAUCAUAAAAACAGUAAUAUCACCUAAAUUGGAAGCAAAAACAGAACCAGAACCUGUACCAGAGUCUGUACCACAACCAGUAGAAGUACUAAAGGGCUCGCCAAACCCAGUUAAAGCCCAAAAACAGGCUACAGCACCAGGACCUGUUCCUGAACUUUUAUUGGUACACAAACCAAAACCAGUUCAAGAACCCGUUUCAGCAGCACCCGAACCUGUCCCAGAACCAGCUGCAGGAGUGGAACAAGUGGAUCCAGAGCUCUUGGUCAAAGCUGAACUGGUCCUAAAACCUGCAGCUGAACCGGAACAACAUGUGGAACCUGCACAUGAGCUGAUCGCAGACUCUUCGGACGUGGACCUUACAAAUUCUGAACCGGUUGGAGAGGCCUUUCCUGAGCCUGAACCAGGACCAGAAACCAUCCUUAGCAAUGACGUAGCUGCAGCUGAAGAUAAAGUGACGUUCUCGGCGGGAGCGAGACAGAGCAAGUUUGAGUCGCUGAUGACGAAGGAGGAGAUGGAGGAGGAGCAGAGGAUAGAGCUUACAUCAGAUUUUACUUCUCUGUAAUCAACUUCAGCAGACACAGUGUGUUAGGAAGCAGCCGGGUGCAACGGGAGCAGCUGGCGGCCAUCUUCCUGCUGCUGAAGGAGAACCAGGAGACGCUGGUGACGGAGGGAGACAUAGAAGAGCAGCUGAGGCUCUACUCCCUGUAAAAUCCAUUAAAUGACAUGCUGCCGUUACCUUCAGGGACUUCAUCAUCUGACUUACAGCUGCAAAGGGAUGUUCCCAUGGCAACAACAACUUAAAAUCGUGAAUGUAAAACAGUGUAGUUGAUCUCAUCACUCUGUAUAGCAAAUUAACACCUAGAAAAAGAAGUAGUAAUAGUAGACUUUAAACUUAAUAUAGCGCAGAAAGGUAGGUAGAAAUAGAAAUGUUCAAGUAGUUACGUUACAAGCUUAGUUCAACUGACACAUGAUGUUGGAUUACUUUAGAUUAGUUAUAUUAAUCACUGAGGCUCAUGCUAAACUUGUGAUUCUCGUUUCAGCACCAAAUUUAACGGAUGAGAGCAGAUUUAUGUUGAAACUCAUAAUGUUAGAAGUUUCUCAUUUGUUUGUGUGUUAAACCUUUUAGGUACAAACAUUUAUCAGCUUACUCAUUAAAUAGUGAAAAGACUAGAUGCGUUUCACUGUUUAAUUGAUAACUGUUAUGCUAGGAAGAUUUAAAUUAUGUAUCUGACAUAAUCUGACAUUUAAAUUAUGUAUCUGACAUUUAAAAGCUCUUCUCCAAAUAUUAAUUGAAAUAUGCCUUUGGAAUAAUUACGUUUCUUUUUUAUUCAAUUUUCUCUGGAAUGUUUUUCUUUUAUUUGUUUGUUUGUUACAUUUGUGUUUAUUAUAUGUAUAAUAAUAUAUAUAUAUAUAUAUAUGUGUGUGUGUGUGUGUGUGUGUGUGUGUGUGUGUGUGUGUGUGUGUGUGUGUGUGUGUGUGUGUAUUAUACUGUACUGCUGUACUGUGUUAUGGGUAAUGCAGUGCUUUCUAAAAUCUUUUUCUUUAUCUACUCAGCAGAUAACUCAGGUUUUUAUUAUGACUUUUUCAUAACAAUAAAGGUGUUAAUAUUAGAUCCACAUUGUGUUAAUAUUG